CGCGCUACACAGAGCAAGCUGGCAGUGUGGGGAAUACAGUGAAAUAUCCUCACACAUUUUAAGGAUGAAAAAAUCUGUUCUUUUUAUCUGUUUAGGCAACAUCUGCCGCUCGCCCAUCGCGGAGGCUGUCUUCCUGCAUGCGGUGACCGAGCGAGGUGCACGUGACCAGUGGCGCGUGGACAGCGCCGCCCUAGGCGACUGGCACACCGGCCGUGCGCCCGACCACCGCGCCCAGGCCACCAUGAAGCGCCAUGGCGUACCUAUGGACUGCAGGGCACACCUGGUGAAACGAUCAGACUUCAAAGAGUUUGAUUAUAUAUUCGGCAUGGACGAGGACAACAUCUCGGAGCUGAAGGAUCGGGCGCCAUCUGGCUCGAAGGCGCAGGUGGCGCUGUUGGGCAUGCACGAUCCAGAGGGCGAGCUUAUCAUUCGAGACCCUUACUAUGAUGACGGAGACGAGGGCUUCGAGAAGUGCUAUCAACAAUGUCUGCGAUGCUGCAACGCGUUUUUGGAUAGUCUCUGAUCCAAAUGACAUGGUCCACGUCGGUGCAUUCUUUGAAAGCUUCUGUGAUUCUGUGCUUGCGAUGUAAUCAUGCAUGGGAAUCGCCGCCCUUUCUGUGCUUUUAAUAUAUCGUGAUAAGGCA